GUGCCGGCCGCCCCCCCCCACCUCCUCCCAGCUCCUGGUGUCGCCCACCCCCACCUCCCCCGGUUCCUGGCGCCGCCCGCCCCCACCUCCCCCACGCUCCCGGCGCCGCCCACCCCCACCUUCUUCCCGGAUCCCGGCGAUGCCCCGCCCCUACCUUCUUCCUCACUCCCGGUGCCGCCCGACUCCCAACCUCCCAGGAUCCCGGCGAUGCCCCACCUCACCUCCUCCCUCGCCCCCGGCGCCGCCCGAGCCCCACCUCCUUGGAUCCCAGCAUCACUCCACCACCACCUCCUACAUCCCACAGCAGCGGCCGCCCAUGCCGCCUGCGCGUGCCUCCGUCCUCCUCCAGGCACCGGCAGCGCGCCCCACCCCACGCCGCCUGCCACGCGGGCACCUGCCCCAAACCGCUGGCUCGUUGGCUUUCCAGGCUGCCGCUGGCUUGUUCUUCCUCUGGCCACCGCCAGCUCGCCGUUCGUUCAUCUUCGCCACUUACUGAAGCUUGUUCUAUUCUGCUUGUUUUUAGAGGAAAAGAGAUGGUUCUUCACUGUCUUGCUCGUGUAUGCCAAUGAUGUGACGCGGUUCAGCUGCUUGUGCGUUUGCACUAAUGAUAAUUCAGCCGUGUUUGCUUGUCUAUGUGGCCAUGGAUGCACCCAGCGAAGGACAACGACGGGCAAAAAAAUGAUAGUGCAGCUGCUUGCCUCUUCUUCAUAUUCCAUACGAGAAAACAUCAUUUGCCCCUUUAUUUUCUUCAGUGGGUCACAGAAGCUAUCACAUCUCUUUCUGAAAUUUUUUCUCUGGAAUUUCUUUUUUGCUUGUGCGUCGAGUAAAAUAAUACCAGAAUGAGCUAGCCCCCCUGGUCAGUAGAUUUCUUUCUUUCUGUGUGUUAGUUCCUAGCUAAUGCGGUUACACUGCAUUUUGCCAUUCUAUGAGAGAUGGUUACCUGAACCUUUACAGUGUGUGCGUACUAUUACAGUGUGUGCGUACAUGACUGAAACUGUAUGAUGUGUGUGCCAUGGUUACCUGAACCUUAAUUGCAGCUACUAUUA